UUCUGGUCCUCCAAGUGCUAGAACAACAGUCCCUGUUGACGGUUUCUUCCUCGCUGUUGAGGUGAAAGUGUCUCCAGCUGCGGUCCGUCAACAUGAAACUCCAGUGUUUGCUGCUCCUUUCGUGUCUGCGGGUUUGUGUUCUGGCCGGGAAAUACUCCCGGGAGGUGAACGAACCCAAGCCCAGUAGUGAUGAGAAGGCGGUGGAAUUCAGGAUCGCGAAGGUGAACCAGGUCUGGGAAAAAGCCAAGCGGAUGCAGUUAGCGCCGGUGCGGCUGGCUGAGCUGCACAGUGACCUGAAAAUCCAGGAGAAGGACGAGCUGCAGUGGAAGAAAAUGAAAGUGGAGGGACUGGAUAAUAACGGCGAGAAGGAGGCACAGCUGAGGCGCAACUUUAAUGUGAUCCUUGCCAAGUAUGGGAUGGACGGGAAGCGAGACACGCGGCCGCUGGAGAACAACUACCUGAAGGACCACGAGGUCAAAGAAGGAGACUCUUUUGACGACCCCAAACUGGACAAACUCUGGAACAAGGCCCAGACGUCUGGCAAGUUCUCCAGCGAGGAGCUGCUGAGUUUGAAGAGAGAGUUCCAGCACCACAAGGACAAGAUCCACGAGUACAACAUCCUCAUGGACACAGUGAGCAGAACUGAAGAAAUCCACAAGAACGUGAUCUCGCCCGUGGAGGGCGACACCAAAGAGCACACGCUGCCGCAGAAGCACACGGAGCUCAAGCAGAAGAUGAGGGACCUGAAUCACGGCUUCGAGCGGCUACGCAAGAUCAGCCACGAAGGGUUCGGCGAAGACAGCGACUUCCGGGAGCCUCGUGUGAUCGAACUGUGGGAGGCGGCGAAGAAGUCCAACCUGAGUGAGGACGAGCUGGACUCCCUGAAGGAGGAGCUGCGUCACUUUGAGACCAAAGUGGAGAAGCACAGUCAUUACAAGGAGCAGCUGGAGCUGUCGCACCAGAAGCUGCAGCACGUAGAGUCACUGGGAGACAAGGAGCACAUCAGGAGGAACCAGGAGAAGUACAACAGCCUGGCGGAGAAGACCCGGGAGAUGGGCUACAAGAUGAAGAAACAUCUGCAGGAUCUGAACAACAAGAUCUCACGUGGCCUGGUCCACAACGAACUCUGAAGGAGGGAGAGUUGUCGUGUUGAAAGAUGCACCUGAUGAACUCACAACCAACCAUUUUCUACAUUUUUGCUCUUGAUUUUUUUUAAGAAAGAACAAUCGAUGCACUUGAAGUGAUUCACAGACUGGUUGACACGUGGUCUGGUCCAGGUAGGUUUAUUUGGAAAACUCACGGUUGGAAAAAUGUCAGCUGUUGUACAACACAAAUAAAAAUGUUUUCUGUAGUUCAUGUUGACGACUGUACAGGAGGAAUUGAGUCGUGGAGCUGGUGACAAAUGAUUUGACAAACACUCUUGUUCAACAGCACAAACUUCAAAGAUAAGUAAAGUGUAUAUAGAGUAGCAGCUACUGACAAACAUCCAACUGUGCUUCUAACAUUUUUAAUAAAGUUGGUGACCACAA